CACAGGCGCACUACAACUCCCAGAAUGCCCCGCGAAUAGGCGGUCGCUUCCGGGCGUGCGUCCCCGCCCCUCGUCGGGGUGGAGCUUGGCGCCGCAAUUUGGAUCCCCAGGCAGCACCGAGAUCGUUUCCCGGGCCGGUUGCUGCUGCAGGGCUUCCUCCGCCCUGGACCCAGCGCUGUGGAGACACGGUGGGCGUGGGCACCAUGAGGCGCCUGGGCUCGGUGCAGCGGAAGAUGCCCUGCGUGUUUGUGACGGAAGUGAAAGCCGAGCCCUCGGCCAAGCGGGAGCAUCAGCCAUUUAAAGUUUUGGCAACUGAAACUCUAAGUGAAAAGGCGUUAGAUGCAGAUGUAUACAGUGCCAUUGCAACAGAAAAAGUGGAUGGAACAUGUUGUUAUGUUACUAACUACAAAGGUCAGCCAUACCUUUGGGCUCGACUAGAUAGAAAACCUAACAAGCAGGCUGACAAAAGAUUUAAAAAAUUUCUACAUUCAAAAGAAAGCUCAAAAGAGUUUCUUUGGAACACCGAGGAAGAUUUCAAACCUGUCCCAGAGUGUUGGAUACCAGCAAAGGAAAUAGAACAACAGAAUGGGAAACCAGUACCUGAUGAAAACGGACACAUUCCUGGUUGGGUGCCCGUGGAAAAGAACAGCAAACAGUACUGCUGGCAUUCGUCUGUAGUGAACUACGAGUUUGGAAUUGCCCUGGUACUACGGCAUGAUCCCGACAAGCCUGGACUUUUGGAAAUCAGUGCCGUGCCCCUGUCAGAGCUUUUAGAGCAAACCCUGGAGCUGAUAGGAACAAAUAUCAAUGGGAACCCAUACGGGCUAGGAAGCAAGAAAUAUCCAUUGCACUUUCUUAUACCCCACGGAGCCUUCCAAGUAAGAAAUGUGCCCGCGCUGAAGCACAAUGACUUGCUGUCCUGGUUUGAAGACUGCAGAGAGGGGAAAAUCGAAGGGAUCGUGUGGCACUGUGGUGAUGGCUGUUUACUUAAGGUCCAUCGCCAUCAUCUUGGUUUAUGCUGGCCACUUCCAGAUACUUACAUGAAUUCCAAACCAGUUAUUAUUAACAUGAAUCUGAACAAGUAUGACUGUGCAUUUGAUAGUGAGGGUUUGUUUAAUCGGUUUUCAAAAUUAGAUAAACAGAAAUUUGAUAGGCUUAAAGAUAUAAUACUUGAUGUAUAAAAUGGAAAUAUAGUUAGAAUUAUUGCAAACAGUCUGCUAUUUUACAGAGGUUAAAAUAACUCAAGGGUCUAUUUAAUUUUGCUAGGUAUUUGACAAAAUAUGUAUAAAUUCUAAACAUUUAUGUAUCUGUAUUUAAAGAAACCAUGGGAUUUGAAUAUCUUAACACAAAAAUAAAUAUAAAAUAAUUCCAUCUGAAACUUCCAUUUUAAAUGGUAAAAUUGUUAAGCUUACCUUUAUGCUUUUAGAAAAUUUAAGACAUUAUAAAAAUAGGGAUAUCUAUCAUAGCUCAUUGUGCACUAUACAGUCAUAAAUUAUUCAUGUUUUCAAAAAUAUACUUUUCUACCAAGUUAAAACUAAAUAUGAUUUUAUUUUUAAGCAAAAAUACAGUAUUUUGAGAUGAAUUCUAUAGUUCAGAGACUUCUUGAUUUCCAGCUGAAACUUUUAAACUUAUAAAAUAGUUUUAAAUCUACAGUUAAAUGUGGUCUUUAAUAAAUAGGGAAACUAUUAGGACUUUCUCUGUCUUCUGUCUGUUCAGAAGCUUCAACAGGGCUAGGUAAUUCAAAUCCAAAUUGUUCGGAAAGUUUUUGUAACUUCUCUUCUAAUAGAAUAUUUUUUUUCACUUCUUCCUUAUAAUUGUACUUCAGGUCUUCAAUUUCUUCAAAAAAUGAAGGAUCAAAAUUUUCCAGUUCUUUUUUCAGCUUUUUAAUUUCCUCCUGAAAGUCACAUGUAGAAAUACAUAUUUUUGGCUUGCCAUUUAGGAGCUUUGAUUACAAACAUGAAAACCCAAAUAACACAAACAGUAAAAUAUCAAGAAAAGUAUUUAAGACUUUUGUUAAUAAGGUUCCAUUGUACCACAUCAAUAACUUAGCAGUGGCCAUCUCUGGCUGAAGUUUAUGAGUGCUUCCAUAGCUUUGGGAUAGAAUCUUUCUCUGAACUGCAUCAGAUAGUCUCAGUGAGGCAAACAAAAGGGACUCUUCUCUUCACUACACUGAAGUUCCUGUCUUCAGAGUUUUCAGUAUUUUCUUUACAGUUCUAACUUUUUUACUUUUAUAAAUAAUGUUUAUGGGAAUCCCGGGACUUGUAAAAGUCAAGCACCCGGUGAAGAGAAUGUGUCCAUGAACGGCUGUUUUCACUACCCAGUGAUGAGGCAGGGCUCACUUCCAGACUCUUGUGCUUCUGGGUCUUAAGGUAGAGCACAGAAAUGUUUUAAGGGAAAGAUCCCUGGACAUAAUUCCAAAAGGUACUUAGAAACACUGUUUCCAACAUGACCUACAAAUUAAAACAUUUAAAAACUGUACAUUUGUUAUAAUUUAAAAAUAAAUUUAUUCUCUAGACCUUUC